CCUCCCUCCAGGCACAACCACCGGCCAUGGAGACUUGAAUUGACCAUUAUCUCAAGAUCGUGAAAGGUGGUCAUUCUUCAUCACGACAUGGCAAAAAUCUACAAAGAUACCCGGGUCGACCUCCGGCCGCACUCGCCGAACACCGUCGUCAACAUCCCGAUCCCAACCCAAGCGAAUACGCAAAGCCGCGCCCGAUUCGCGAUCACUACCAGCGCCAGCCGCGAUGAGCCGGUCGCAAAGGACGAAGACGAGUUCUCAAGACGAUACCUAGCGACUCAGGGAUCAAUCUAUUUCCGCAAACGCAAUGUCUACCCCCGAACGUUCCUGUGGAGGGUGGUCGAUGACAGCAAGGUCUUGGAGGUCCAGUGCGUGGACCUGACCAAGGCUGGCAUUGAGCAUCACGAAUACAAUGUGACGCUGCGCUUGGAAUUUGGCGAAGAGAUUGUUCCUUCGGGUGUCGAUUUCUCGGACUUGGAAGACCACGAAGCGUUGAGCGUGUUCGUGAUCACCGCCUCUAAACAUCUACACACCUUGACCCUACGCCCUGAAUUCUUCCGGAGGACAGCUUCGAUUGACGAUAACAUCUCCGACUGGUGCAAGACGUGUAUCCCGGCACCGCUGACUUUCUCUUACCCGCACCGGUUGCAUGCGAGCAGUCCGUUGGAGCUGUUCAUUUCCCUCGAUAAUGGCGCGCUUCUGCGCUUGACCAGGAAGUCUGGUGAUGAUGGCUCACAUUGGUCUCCCCUCACGUUCGACGAGAGAACCUGGGGCGCGUCGUUCCGCGGCUUGGUCAAAUGGCAUGCGCAGCCUUCGAUCAAAUUCAAGGGACGCAAUCUCGAAUUGAGCACCGCUAAUGCUAUCGCCACUACGACCGAUCAGACUUAUGUUUUCGCUGUCUGCUUGAACCAUACCCUGAAGAUCUGGAACCUUGCCACCAACAAGUUGGCCGCUACGAAGGACUUAUUGGAUCGUGAGGUGCCGGAAUCGGAAGAAUCAUCAUACUCGUUGAAUCCAGCCGAAUCGUCUUUCGUUAAAGUCUUCAAUAUGGAGCGUGCGCUUGAUGGCGGAUACCGGUAUUACGUUGUCACUUAUUCGCCAUUUGAGGACGGACUUUUCAAAUUCUGGGCUGUCAAGGGAGGCCUGACGUCGCCGCUGAUUGUCGAGGACCUGUACCCGGGCGCUGCACUGAAGCCGCUGGACCCGGACUCGACGGGGAGUAUGUUCUGGAGCAUUGCGGAUUUCCAGAUCAAGCCUGCCGAGGAAGGCAAGCGCAUGGAGCUAUGGGUUUUGUGGAGAAACAGCAGCCUCUACCAGCUGUACACGCUGCACUUCAACUUUGAGACUCUGACGACGGAUUGGGAUUCCAAUUGGGUGUCCACAGUCAUGGAUUCCCGCGCACAGGAGCUUUCACCGGUUAUGGCGUUAUCUGAUGUGGUAGACCCGACAGAGAAAUGGCUCAAGUUCCUUCUGCAGCCCAACCGGUUCUCGACCGAGGUUCUUGAGACUGCUCUUUCUAUCUAUCAAGAAGCACUUAGACCGCUGUCUUCGCCUGGCGCAGCGAAGAAGAGUGCUCCGCUUGCGGAAAGAUUGUGCUCUACGAUUGCUGCGACUGUGUCUCUCCGUAAGUAUGCAGAGGAUGGGAUGGACUUCACGCGGUACCGAACAGAUACAGACUCCAAGUGGCGCCAGUUUUGGCAAAUCGCGGAUGAUGUCAACAAGAGACGAUUCGAGCCGGUCUCCCUUGCGUAUGACGCUUACCAUGAAACCCCAUGGAUGAUCCUUUCCGACAGCUGUGCAGUGAUCCGCGAAUGCAGCUCGACCGAACUCAUUCUACACAACUCCGGCCCUGCGCUCCGCUCAGAAGGACCCAAGAUCGUUGAUCGCUGGAGGCAUCGGAACUUGGAUUCGGAGAUCGGCAGUUUGUUCGAGCAGGCCUCUCAUCUCUUGACCGUUGCUUCUGGCUUCCGGAAAAGCUUCAAUGCCGAGCUCGAAGUGGCAUGCCAGGGUGCACUCGAAGCCGAGCUCUUCACCGAGCCCUCCUCGUCCGUGCAGGAUCGGAUGGAUGCUUUCCGCGAGCGUUGUGAUUUUGGGGAACAGAUCUCCAACAAGACCUACGAUGGCUUGGUUGCUGCUAUCAACGAGCACUUGAAUAUCUUCAGCUUGCAAAACGAAGUCUUCUACACCCUCGUGGAUACCAUUCCGCUGGGCUUCCCUGCCAAGGACUCGGACCUCGUCAACACUCACUUUGGUGUGAAGGUCAUUGUGAACGGUGUUCAGGAAACGAUUUCGUUGACGCGCAAAACUCUGACAGACCUCUUAUACCUCAUUCUCUUCGUCGAUGGCGAGGUUCAGCAGGAAGAGGACUCGACUUUUGACGCUGCAGACCUGUUUGUCACGAUCAUCACUCUUCUGAGAGAAUAUGAGAUGAUGUCUUGGCUCAGCUCGCAUUCUCGGAAGUGCUCUGACAGAUCGACCAAGGUCACUGAUGAUCUGUCUGCCACACCUACCAAGGACUCGUCGACUCGGAAGAAGGACGAGAGAGUGGCUACUAUCCUUGAGGAUCUGUUUGCCAGUGACAUCAAACCCCGUCAAGCGAUCGGGUUGCCUCAGAGCUACACGAUCUCUCUUGGGAUUCGGGAUAUUCUCUCCUGGGUGACUCGCCAGGGCGAAGUGGCUUACCCCAACGCUCUGGUCUACAUCCAAUGCGACCUCAUUGCGAAGAACAACAUUGACCUUGCCUGGGACUUUCUCCGUUUCCAAGCCAGCACAUCCUGGGCGACCUAUGUGAAGGGUCGUCUCUACGUUGCCAUGUCCGAAUUCGAUACUGCGGCUUUGUAUUUCCGCAAAGCUGCGUAUCUCCUUUCGUGCGGCAAGCCCCUUGGCAACUUGCAUGAAAUGUCGUCGACCCUCCUCGACAUCGUCUCCGUGGACUGCUUCCACAACGGUCUUCCUAAAUACUUCCAGCACAUCCUGACGAUAUUCGAACAUGCGCGCUCAUUCUCCCACGUUGCCGACUUUGCCAGUCUGGCACUCCAGGCACUUGCCAGUGAACAUGGAAGCGAGCAGGAUGCGGAAGCCGCCAGCUUACGAGCCGACCUCCUCUCACGCUUGUUCUACGCUUCUCUGCAAAACUGCCAAUUCGACCAGGCGUAUUCGGCGCUCGCCAGAUACAAGGAUCGCGUCUUGCAGAAAUCCGCUCUGAGCGCUCUCAUCACAGGCAUCCUGGCCGCCUCCGGCCCCGGUACCGCUGGGCUACAGAAGAUUCUUCAUUUCCCGACCACACUGGUUCCAAACCUCGCCUCCCACGUGGAUGACAUCCUGUCAUCGCUCGCUCGGCGACAGACCUCGUUCAGCUCAUACCUCGACACGGAGAGCAAAUGGGCCGACAGCACUCCCGACUACCAGCGUAUCCUCCAAGCCUACCGCAUCGCCCGGGGCGAUUACCGCGGCGCCGCCGAAGUGGCCUACCGUAACGUCCAACGCCUACGCCACGCUCGAGAUCACUCGACCCAUCUGGUGCUCAGCAAAUCUCGAGAAACCGACGACACCCGGCCCACCGAGGAGGACGACCCAGAGAGCAAGGAGAUCCGCCAUGAGCUUCUCUCCCUCAUCAACCUCCUCGCCUGCGUCGACAAGAGCGAAUCCUACAUCCUCGUCGAGAAAGACGGCCAACCACACCCCUCCACCGACCGACGUCGCAGCCUGCAACCCGACGACGACGGCAACGUCUUCAUGGACGACGCCGAAGCCGCCGGACCAGCGGCCUCUCCUACCCCCAACCCCUACUCCCACCGGCGCCUCAGCCUCAGCGCCAGUCCAACCGCCCUCCGUCCGUCCAGUCGUCGGGACAGCAAAUCCUCCAUCCCCGCCACCUUCAUCCCUCAACGCCGAGUCAUCGUGACCCUGGACCACCUACGUCGCGAAUUCCAAGCUGAACUCGAUCGCGUCAGUCGGAUCGAGCGUGGCGACUGGGAAUUUGGAAUCCUCGACGAUAACCCCGCCGGAGACCCGGAUAAUGACGAUACGAUGGUGCUCGCCUAGAACCACCCAUCCUUCACAUCCAUCCAUACAUACAUACUCUUCACGGAGCGGCGUACUAGUUUAGUUGUACCACAUGUUACUGAAAUAUUAGCUCACCACAC